GGUGGGCAGGGGCCCGGAAGGAGAGGUGUUCGCGAGCGCCCCCUGGAGGAGAGGUGUCUGAGGUGCAAGGGUGGUGGCAGCACCAGAUCUGGAGAUGUCAAAAGUUAAUUAUGAUCUCUACGUUGCCAGCGAAGCCAUCCUCAUCGCUCUGGUGGGGGCAACACCUCCUUACCACUGGGACCUCGAAGGGAUCUCGGCUAAUUGGAGCCAUGGCAACCAGUCGGUGAGCGAAGAGAGAGCGUUUGGGAAGUGGCUCCUGACGGCCAAUGGCAGCGAAGUCCACAAGCACAUUCACUUCAGCGGCAGCUUUACGUCAAUUGCCUCUGAGUGGUUUUUAAUCGGCAGCACAUCCUACAAGAUCAGCGCAGCCAGCUCAUUUUUCUUCAGCGGCGUUUUUGUGGGGGUGAUUACCUUUGGCCAACUCUCUGAUCGUUUUGGACGGAAGAAAGUCUACCUGACAGGUUUUGCGCUCGACAUCCUGUUUGCACUCGUGAACGGCUUCUCCCCUUCCUAUGAGUUCUUUGCCGUCUCUCGCUUCUUGGUGGGCGUCAUGAACGGCGGGAUGUCGCUGGUGGCUUUUGUCCUGCUGAACGAGUGCGUGGGCACCGCUUACUGGGCGUUGGCAGGAUCCAUUGGUAGCUUGUUCUUUUGCUGUUGGGAUUCGCUCGGUAUGCCCUGUUAAGGGUAUCUGAUUAAAACUCCUGGAGGGGACCGAAGCGGUCGUGUGUGGGUUAACCUGGAGGGAACGCUCGUCUUCCUGCUCUCUCUGUAAGUUCCCUGUCUUAAAACUCUUCUG